UUUCCAUCAAAUCGCCAUUUCCACACCUCUCCCCUUCGACCUCUGUCAAAUUCUCCCAUUGUAAUCCAUCUUUUGCUCCGUCAAAUCAACGUCGCUGACUCCGAUCACCGGCAGAGAUGAGCGGACACGAUUCGAAGUACUUUUCCACAACUAAAAAAGGAGAAAUCCCUGAGCUUAAAGAAGAGCUCAAUUCUCAGUAUAAGGAUAAGAGAAAAGAUGCUGUUAAAAAGGUGAUUGCUGCCAUGACUGUUGGCAAGGAUGUUUCAUCACUAUUCACAGAUGUCCUCAACUGUAUGCAGACAGAAAAUUUGGAGCUCAAGAAGCUUGUUUACUUGUAUCUCAUCAAUUAUGCUAAAAGUCAGCCUGACCUAGCAAUACUUGCAGUCAAUACUUUUGUGAAGGAUUCACAGGACCCAAAUCCUUUGAUUCGUGCUUUAGCUGUUAGAACAAUGGGAUGCAUCCGAGUUGAUAAGAUUACAGAAUAUCUUUGUGACCCCCUCCAAAGGUGUCUCAAGGAUGAUGACCCUUAUGUUAGAAAGACAGCAGCUAUAUGUGUUGCUAAACUUUAUGACAUUAAUGCCGAGUUAGUUGAAGAUAGGGGUUUUCUGGAAGCUCUUAAGGAGUUGAUAUCUGACAAUAACCCUAUGGUUGUAGCAAAUGCUGUUGCAGCUCUUGCAGAAAUUCAAGAUAACAGCAGUAAACCCAUCUUUGAUAUUACCACAAGUACACUUACAAAACUUCUUACUGCUCUCAAUGAAUGCACCGAGUGGGGUCAAGUUUUCAUAUUAGAUGCUCUUUCCAAAUACAAGGCAGCUGAUGCUCGUGAAGCUGAAAAUAUAGUAGAGAGAGUCACUCCAAGACUGCAACAUGCAAAUUGUGCUGUUGUUCUUUCAGCUGUUAAGAUGAUCCUUCAACAAAUGGAACUCAUCAGCAGUCCUGAUGUGAUUCGAAACCUCUGCAAGAAAAUGGCUCCUCCUCUUGUAACAUUACUUUCUGCAGAACCUGAGAUCCAAUAUGUUGCAUUAAGGAACAUCAACCUUAUUGUACAGAGGCGUCCUACAAUUCUUGCUCAUGAAAUUAAGGUAUUCUUCUGCAAGUACAACGAUCCAAUAUAUGUGAAGAUGGAGAAGUUAGAGAUCAUGAUUAAGCUUGCUUCAGAUAGAAAUAUCGAUCAGGUAUUGUUGGAGUUUAAAGAAUAUGCUACAGAAGUAGAUGUAGAGUUUGUGAGAAAAGCUGUUCGUGCUAUUGGGCGUUGUGCUAUUAAGUUAGAAAGAGCAGCUGAACGUUGCAUUAGUGUUCUUCUAGAACUCAUCAAAAUUAAAGUCAAUUAUGUUGUUCAAGAAGCAAUUAUAGUCAUCAAAGAUAUUUUCAGAAGAUACCCCAACACUUAUGAAUCUAUCAUUGCUACACUUUGCGAGAGUUUGGACACUUUGGAUGAACCAGAGGCCAAAGCGUCGAUGAUUUGGAUUAUUGGUGAAUAUGCUGAAAGAAUUGAUAAUGCUGAUGAACUUCUUGAAAGCUUCCUUGAGACUUUCCCUGAAGAACCUGCACAAGUUCAAUUGCAGUUAUUAACUGCCACAGUUAAGCUUUUUCUCAAGAAGCCAACCGAAGGACCACAACAGAUGAUUCAGGUUGUUUUGAAUAAUGCAACUGUGGAGACUGACAAUCCAGAUCUUAGGGAUCGUGCUUACAUAUAUUGGCGUCUUUUAUCAACUGAUCCGGAGGCUGCUAAAGAUGUUGUGUUAGCUGAGAAGCCAGUGAUCAGUGACGAUUCAAAUCAAUUGGAUUCCUCUCUCCUGGAUGAGCUUCUUGCAAACAUUGCUACUUUGUCCUCUGUAUACCACAAACCCCCUGAAACAUUCAUAACACGUGUCAGAACUGUUCAAAAAACAGAAGAAGAAGAGUUUCCGGAAGGAAUCGAAGGAGGAUAUACCGAAACCUCAUCUUCACUGGUUGUUGAUGGUGGUGCAUCACUACCACAACCACCACCUGCUGCCGCCCCUGUGCCGGAUUUACUUGAUCUUAUGGGCCUUGAUGGCGGUGACGAUAAUAAUGCCAUUGUCCCCGUUGAUCAGCCUGCAGCUGGCCCUCCUCUACCGGUUGUAUUACCAGCAGCAAGCGGUCAAGGUCUGGAAAUAAGCGGUCAACUAGUACGAAAAGACGGUCAAAUAUUCUACAGUUUAAACUUGGAAAACAACACAAAUAUUCCACUCGAUGGAUUCAUGAUUCAAUUCAACAAAAACACAUUUGGUCUCGCAGCAGGUGGACCCCUCCAGGUCCCUCAAGUUCAACCAGGAACAUCGGCAAGAACGCUUCUUCCAAUGGUUCUGUUCCAGAACAUAGCACCUGGCCCACCGAAUUCAAUUUUGCAAGUGGCGGUGAAGAACAAUCAACAGCCUGUGUGGUAUUUUAGCGAUCGAUUAUCGUUGCUUGUGUUGUUCAUGGAAGAUGGAAGAAUGGAACGAUCUGCUUUCCUUGAGACAUGGAAGUCGUUGCCUGAUUCCAAUGAGGUGUCAAAGGAGAUUCCUGGAAUUACAAUAAACAAUGUAGACGCAACAAUUGAGCAAUUAGCUUCUUCCAACAUGUUCUUCAUUGCAAAACGUAAGAACGGGAAUCAAGAGGUGUUGUACCUGUCGGCUAAAAUCCCGAAAGGAAUCCCGUUCUUGAUUGAACUUACAGCGGUUAUCGGUGUUCCGGGACUCAAGUGUGCGAUUAAAUCUCCUACCCCUGAAAUGGGCCCCUUAUUCUUUGAAGCCCUUGAGACUCUCCUCAGCCACAGGGGUUGAUUCGUAAUUCCCUGAUUUUGGUCAUUCUUUUUUAUUUUUUGCAUAAGUUUUGCAUUUUGAUAUAUAGUAUAAGUAUAGGGAAUCAUUGUACUUUGAGAGUUGUUUGUUUUUUAAAGUUAUCGUGUUUCUUUGUUUGUGUGUUUGUAAGAAUGCUACCUUGUUUAAUGUUUAUGAUGAAAACCCAAAAGCAUGAUUGGCUCUGAA